AUGAUUAUUGACAAAAUUGACAUCUAUGCAUGCCUCUUACGUAUAUGUUUAUUUCUAUCAAUUAAAAUCCCUCCAACUCAUCAGCGUGUUAUCUUGAUCCGCAAGACCUCUGAACUUAUCCAUCGGAUCUUGAGCCGGAGGCAAGUUUUUCAAGGUCGUGUUCUCAUUGUGCUUACGGUUCGUCCAGAGGUAGAUCCAAGUGGAGCCGAAGCUGUCUUGGCUAUUCAACUUAUAUGGCAAGCGCGCACAAAGGCCCAUCGGCUACUUGAUCGAGUCGAGUCAUUAGCUGAUAAAGAAGAUGGUCCGUUGGUCAUAAACGAAGGUGACAGCCGAAAGAGAAAAAGGCGAAGCUGUGAAAGUGGAAGGAUAAACAAUGGCUUAUCGAAAGAUACAAAAUUUGCUACAAGCAGGUGGGACACAAAGUUUAUUAUACUAAUUUAG